AUGUUUAAAGCUGCUGACGAUUAUGUAGUUGGGGAAGGUUCUUUAACAGUCGUAGGAGAUAUCAAAGAAGAAACUGAUUUUCAAAAACACUGGUGUUUCACAAUUCCAAAGAAAUAUAAUAAUACUGUUGAUGUUCGUCAGCAUCUUGUUAUUGAGUAUAAAAACACAAAAGAUGCAAAUACAAAGCCAACCAUUACAUAUACUCGGACAUUCGUUAAUGGCGUCGAAAAUAUAACUUCUUGGUAUCCGUCAAAGAUUGAAUUUGAUAAAAAUAGUAAAUUUACGCCAAAAUGGAAGUUUUAUCAUAAUCAAUUUAACGGAACAGAUAAUAUUUCCUUCCAUAAUACUCUCGAUUGUCAUAAUCUUAAUAUCACAAAGCUUCAUUGGACAUGUAAAUACAAAAUUAUAACCCACGAAUCGAUCUACGUCAUUCAAAACUGGGCUUUUGCAUUAUUCUUGCUUGCGUAUAGAAGACCAUAUUCUGUGGUCCUUAUUAUAUUAUAUCUCCUUACUCAAAUUCCAGAAUACCAAAAUUUGACUUUUAAUUUGUUCCUUGGAGCAGCAACUCUCUACUCUGCUUACAUGGCAUUACCAGUAGUUUUAUAUCGAAAAUCUGUUUGGAUUACUAUAGUCUAUGUAAUUUCCAUUUUUUCAUACAUAUUAUCUUCAUUUUGGUACUCAGAUGAGAUCACGAAUGCGUUUGCUACUGGUAAAAUGCCAGCUAUGCAUAUAAUAGCUGCUGCAUUUGUAGUUAAUUGUGCAAAAAUCUUAUUAGACGACUAUGAUCCGAAACUAUGGCAUACAUUUAUCGGAACUCUAUUUGUAUACGCUGCAUUUCUUCUUUACUACUUUAUUCCUGGUAAUUAUAUGGAUUUGAAAGAAGGAAGGAGAAUUUUUGGAAUUGUGACUCUCCCAUUUGUAUCAUUCGGACUAUUCGCAAUUAUUGUAUCAGAAUUCAGGAGCAUUACUAGCAAGAAAGAAGAUAAAUUCAAUAUUUUCAUCUUGAUUUUCUUAAUUAUCAUGUUUAUAAUACCCCUUAUCCCAUUAUCGAUUGUUUUGGACCAUAUUCAUACUGAAAAGGCAAAGGUUCCACCACCACUGUUUGAAUUACAUUAA